AUGCAGGACACACUGCAACGCAUACCCACAGAUCCAAACUCUAAGCGGCAUGAUUGGGUGUUCAUUUCGGCUCAUCACCAGAACAGCCGUAGCGACCGAUACGAAAGCCAGAUUCCAAACGAUAUCGAGAACCACCACAGGCUUCGAAUAUGCCCAAUCGCUCUGCCUUUCCUCGAGCUGCUCCGCCGCAGCUUCCCUCACAACCAUAGACGGCUCUCUCAUCGCUCGGCCGCUACUAGCACGGCUCAGAAACCUCGCCGCUUCCCUCAAUCCCUGUCUCCUCACGGAUCUCCUUUCUCCGUUGAUCGUUUGACCGUUCCCGGAACCUGCUCCGCUAUUGCUUCCCUCAUUAUCAUCUCCGCUCAAAAGCAACGGUGCCGGAUCGAUAGCGUCGGAGGAAAGAUGGCGAGACAAUGA